GGGAUGCAGGAGGGAAGGAGGGAGGAGAGAGCAGGAGGGGGGGGCUCUAGCCUGUUGAUCAUCAGAUGAAGCACUAGUACACGGCAUGCUUUGCAACACACUCACAGAGAACGCAGCGGAGAGAACGCCAGUGGGUGCACUGAGCAGGGUCUGCUCUCUUUCUCUUCCCGUCUUUCUUCGUCUUGUGCACAUUUAUGAAGCUUUCAACUUCUCUACUUCACCUGACAAGCCUGAUGAACUGGUGAACUGAUCCAUGCACAGGAUGCUGGUGAAGGUAAGUGUGUGGUUGUGAGCAGGCACGGGAUGUUUGCUGCGUGAGCGUCAGCGUGAAGAUGACUCUCCUGGCGGGCGAUGGCUCCGACUACGACUACAGUGCCCUGAGCUGUGCCUCGGACAUCUCGUUCAACCCUCCUCCCAUCCAGGAGCGUGAGGCAGCCAAAGGUCUCUACUACAAGCGCGCUCAGCUCCUCCCAGAGGACAGCCAUGCCCCCGGCGCCUCCGUCGGCACUGUCACCAACGGCGCGGCCUCCACCCCACAGGCCGGAGCAGCAGCGCCCUGCAGCGGAGCCACGCUGGGCCCCGAGAGUGCCCUGCAGCCGCUGGGUGCCGUGCGGCGCCUCCACGUCAUCAUCAACGUGGGCGGCCUGCGCUACCAGCUGCCCUGGACCACGCUGGAGGACUUCCCGCUGUCGCGCCUGGGCCAGCUGCGCCUGUGCAGCAGCUUCGACGAGAUCCUGCGCGUGUGCGACGACUACGACGUGACGCACAACGAGUACUUCUUCGACCGCAGCCCCUGCGCCUUCCGCUGCAUCCUGACGUUCCUGCGGGCGGGGAAGCUGCGCACGCUGCGCGAGAUGUGCGCGCUGUCCUUCCGCGAGGAGCUGCUCUACUGGGGCGUGGCCGAGGAGAACCUGGAGUGGUGCUGCCGCCGGCGUGUGAUACAGCGCGUGGAGGAGUGUGACGAGAUGGAGCGCGCCGCCCAAGAGGAGGAGGACGAGAACGGCGACGAAGAGGACAGUGACGGCGGGAGACGGCGGACUAAGCUGCCGCCUGGGGAAACCCGUCUAGGGCUGUGCAUGCGCAAGCUGAGGGACAUGGUGGAGAAGCCGCAGUCUGGGCUGCCAGGGAAGAUCUUUGCCUGCCUGUCAGUGCUGUUCGUCACCAUCACUGCCGUCAACCUCUCCAUCAGCACCAUGCCCGCCAUGAGGGCGGAGGAGGAGAAUGGCCAGUGCUCCCAGAUGUGCCAGAACAUCUUCAUCGUGGAGACGGUGUGUGUAGCAUGGUUUUCGCUGGAGUUCACCCUGCGCUUCAUUCAGGACCGGAGCAAGCUGGCCUUCUUGCGCCGGCCGCUCAACCUGAUCGAUGUGAUGGCCAUCCUGCCCUACUACAUCACGCUGCUGGUGGACGUGACGUCAACUGGCGAUAAAAAGCCGGGUUCGGGCAGCAGCUACCUGGACAAAGUGGGCCUGGUGCUGCGAGUGUUGCGGGCACUGCGCAUCCUGUACGUGAUGCGUCUGGCGCGCCACUCGCUCGGGCUGCAGACGCUAGGGCUGACGGCACGCCGCUGCACGCGUGAAUUCGGCCUGCUGCUUCUCUUCCUGUGCGUGGCCAUCGCCCUAUUCUCGCCUCUCCUCUACCUCAUCGAGAACGAGAUGGCCGCCACGCACGAGUUCAGCAGCAUCCCCGCCACCUACUGGUGGGCCGUCAUCACCAUGACCACAGUGGGCUACGGCGACAUGGUGCCGCGCUCCAUCCCCGGCCAGGUGGUGGCGCUGAGCAGCAUCCUGAGCGGCAUCCUGCUCAUGGCCUUCCCCGUCACCUCCAUCUUCCACACCUUCUCGCGCUCCUACGUGGAGCUGAAGCAGGAGCAGCAGCGUCUCCUCCAGCGGCGCGCCCACUUCCUGAUGCGCAGCCGCAUGGCUAACCUGGGCAGCCAGCUGUCACUGCAGAGCGACAUGCUCUACCCCAACUCACGCUCUUCCUCCACCUCCUCGUCUCCCUCGCCCUCGCUGCAGCACCGAAACGCACAAGCCUGAAGGGAGGGGAGACUCAAGGGAGCCGGGAGACAAAGGGAGGAAGACAGGGAAGAGAGAAGAGGUAAGGCGUGAUAUUGAGGACUGAGGGAAGCAACGACAGGAAAGAUCAGAGAGGAAAAAAGAGAGAGCAUUAGAGAUAGAGAGAUAUGGGACAGUGAUCAUCGGAGGGAUGAAGCCUGGCGAGGGGGUAAUGACAGGGUGAAGAAAGCUGUGAAAGAAAGAGAGGAAACACUUCAAGGGAAAGCAAUGAAAGAGAUUAGGUGGGAGAAAGAGAGUGAUAUACCAGGGGAUAGAGAGAGCCAAAGGCAGAAGGACGGAUGAAAUGAUAGUCAAAGCCAGACAGAAAGAUAGGUCUGAGAAAGGACGGAGGAGUGGGAAAGGCAGAACAAAGAGGUCAAACAAAAGGAGGGGACAGUGAAAACAGAACCUGGAGAGGCAAGAAAAAGAGGACAAGCAGCUUGUGACCCGCUGAGUGCUCCUCUCUGACCUGACCGGGCUAUUCUUGUCUCCCCACAUUUGCAGUGCAGUUCUCGAUCUGCCCCACACAAACUGGCUGUCUCAGGCUCAGUCCUGCCAUACGCCAGUCUCAGAAGCACAACUGACUCCUCUCUCCAAAUCCACAGCUUUCCUCCAGCCAUCCAGCCAGACCUACCCAUUUCUCAUCACCCCAGCUUUCUACUCCACUCUGUGUAUACACAAGAUCACAGCGUGUUACAGGGUAUUUCUGGGAGAUUUAUCAUUUUUGAGUUUUCAGUCAGCUUCACAAAAAGCUGAGUGCUAGAGGAUGAUAAGUCAUAGCCUCAAAGGGGUUUAACCAGUGACUGUUUUCAUAGCCCACACACCUCACGUGAUCAUUGGAGCCUACCACACACAAACACAAGCUCAUUUGCUGUCGCCGUGUUAACUACUGUUGUGUAGUAAAUAUUGUUCAGAUCUACUGUAAUGCUCUCAUUCCUUGUGCUGUAUGUUUCAUGGUCAACAGUGUUAAGGAUGUGAUGUGCUAAACUUGGACGCAACAUAUGUAUUAAUAGUGCUGCAAGACUUUCUACAAUGUUUGUGACUGUACUUAUCUAUUAUUUAAUAAGUCUGUUUUUUUUAAGUGCCCAACAAUAAAUGAAUGACACACUUAUCAUA